UUUCAGGAAUGCUCUGAAAUCGAACUCAAAUUCGAAGCUCCAUCAAUUCUCACUCGAUUCCUCUCUCGAGUGCCACUCAUGUUGCUCUUCUGAGAAACACAAGCUGCCUUUCGUCAGUUCGACUUUUACAUUACUAUGUUUUCUAUUUGAAGGAAAUAUCAUUAUCAUACAUAUUCUGAAACCUAUAAUUUACAACCUAUGUUUUCCAACAGUUGCCUUAAACGAGACGAGCUGCUUCACUUUGUAGUUCAGCUGUUAGAAACAAUUUCUCUUUGUUAAAACUUGAGUGAAAAAUCCUCUUCGGAAUUGCUCGUGUCAUUAUGGAUAAAGCUGAGCUUGAAAGUUUCCUGAAAGUUCUUCCCCCAGUAGAAUUCUGCUGUGUCUAUGGCUCUGCUCUUCAUCCAAACAAUCGUGACAUGUCAACCAUGGUGGAUUACAUUCUCGGUGUAUCGAAUCCUGAACAAUGGCAUUCUCAGAAUCUACAAAUGAACAAAAAUCACUACGCUUCAUGGAUGGUGCACCUUGGAGGGCCAAAACUGAUUACUGAAAUUGCGGAUGAAAUUGGUGUCGGAGUACACUUUAACCCUUUUGUUACUUGGAAUCACAAGAUGCUCAAAUAUGGGGUUGUUCGGAUGCAUGACUUGAUAAAGGACAUACUCAAUUGGGAAAGAUUCUACUUGAGUGGUCGUUUACAGAAACCAGUUCAUAUACUUGUGGAUAACCUGGAUAUAGAAAAUGUAAACUCUGCUAAUCUAAAGGCUGCAAUAACUGCUGCCCUCCUCCUUUUGCCACCAAAAUUCACUGAGGAAGAUCUUUAUGCAAAAAUAUGUAGCCUCUCAUAUAUGGGUGACUUGCGAAUGCUUUUUGCAGAAGACAGAAAUAAGGUGAAGAAGAUUGUACAAGCGCAAUUUGAUUUAUUCCAGUCAAGGUAUAGGCCAUUUCUUGAAGAGUAUGAGGCUAUGGAGUUGUUGAGAUUCAUGUCGUCUGGAAGCGGCCAAACAAAUGUUUCUCAGGAUUGUGGCUUAUCAGCGGCUCGCUCUCUUGUUAGUUCCCUUCCUCCAAUGGUCAGAAGCAAAAUGGGCGUGAAGCUAGGGCAGGAGAAAAAGCUGGUAGAAUCUGGUCGAGUAAUUCAUGAAGUUUCAAUUGGCUCAAGAGAAGAGGCUGCAAAAUGCAUGCAGAAGGUUCUGAGGCGAACAGUCAUGGUUUCAAGUGCAAGGCAGGCUGUCGCUGGUCUACUAACUGCUGGUGGAGUAAACGCUGUUAGAUAUCUUUCUAACAAAAUGUGCAAGGCUUGGAAAUCGUUGAGAUGAGGCUACCUUUAAUUUUUAUGAGAAAUUUUAUUUAUCAACCUCUCAAGCCUAUUCCUAUGUGGCUGGCCCCUGCACUUUACGGUAGAGUUAUGCUAAUAACGAAGAUUGAUCACUGAUAGCCUGAGAUUAUAAACUAACAAUUUCACAUGGGCUUGCCUGGAUGUCCUAAUCAACUUGUUUGUUUGCAGAUAUAGGGGUGCAAUGUGAAAUGAAUCCUGAGGUUGGGCAAAAAGGGUAGGUCUGACUGGUCAAAAAGCAAAUUUUGUUUUGAUGUGUUUUGAUUUUGAAAUUUUCUCAUAAAUUGCUGAAGGGAGGUCACAAGUUUAGCAUAUUCAUUGUCGAAUGACGCUCUCCGUGCGUCUUGUUUGAAACAAUUUCAUUCAUUUUUGUCUACUGAAUAUGACUUGAUGUAGGGACUAUAUAUAUUUCUUACCCAAACAGGGGCAAUUUUCAGCCAAUAUGCUACGAAGCAUUGAAAAUUAUAGGCUUGAUGGGCGGGUCUUUUGUUUGGAUGCAGAAAUGGUAAUCCGUGGAUGUCAUAAACAAGGAAUAUAUUCUUAUUGGAGAUUUGCAUGACUUUUUAGAUCCGCAUUGUUUCAAAGAGGUUGGGUCAUCUUUGAAUGUUAUCGAUUAUCUCUUCCAAAGGAAUCGUCGCGUGGGAUCCGUGUUCAUUUCCCACUCAACUCUCUUGACUUAACUACCUCAAGUGAACGCAUGCAGCGUUUUUUUCCUUUCGAUGGAUAAGCGUUGGAUGUGGACAGGAUGGCAGUAGCAGCUAUACGCCACCAAUAUGAUGCCCAUGUCACCAUUCUUUUUUAAAAGGAAAAAAUAAGUAUUUUCUUGUAUAAUUAUUAAACGUGAGCAUAUAAUGUAGUCAGCUAGUCUUUGCUGGCUUCCAGACUGACUUCCCCAAUGACUUUUGUAUUUAAAUUUGUCUUUGCAAGGUUUAAGAUUCGAAGAU